AUGGGUUAUACUCCCCAGUUUCCAAAUACAGGUGUUGAGUUGGCGACCCCACAAGCGGUUUUGAGGCCAGGUGGUCGUGAUGGAUUUGAGGAGUACUAUUUUGAGGGUGCAGAUAUACAAACAACCUUUCAGUUGCCACAGACCCCGCACACGCCACGGCCACCAAACACGCCACCGACGCCGCAUGUCUCCACCUCUAGAGGUGUUACGGGCGGUCACGACUCGAAUGCAAAUAAGUGGAGAAAGAAUUCAAAUAUUGCUCAGCAGAACCGCAACGUCGCAGAUGCUAAUGGGUCAACAGCUAGGCACACCGCGGGUAGUAUAGGAUUUGGCAAGCACCAUAACAACUUAGAAAAGAUGAUAGGUAAACCACCCACACAAUUUGAUGUUUUCAUGAAGACACAUGGCACAAUUGAGGCAAAAAAAAGAUAUUUUGCGGGAGAUCAUAAAAAUCUCGAAUAUUGCUCACUAACUGCCAAAGAAGCACAAGUUGAUAGGUUGCAUGCACAACUUUCUACCAUGGAACAACAACAACAACAAAUGAAAGAACAAAUGGAAAUGGUUAUGAGGAUGAUGAAUAUGUCUGGAAAUCAACCCCGUGCUCCCCCCGAUAAUCCACCUGAGGACAAUUGA